AUGAGAGAACAGCGUCUGCGAUGGUUCGGGCAUGUACUGGCGAAACCACAGAAUCAUCCGAUAAUAGAGUUUAAAGUACAGGGUAAGCGACUACGAGGAGUUUCGAAGAAGGAAUGGCUGGGCAUGACCAAGACGGACCUCAACGAAGCUGAAGGUGACCUUAUACUUGUGACUCACUGUCUCGCCCAAGCCCGCCAUCGCCAGAUGGAGGUGCCGAAAAGUUUUUUGGCAUCAAUCGCCGAAAAUGAUCUUAUUGUACGUGAUCCAACACUAGAUGAUGUUGGACUUUAUGAAUGUCAGGCAAUUUCAGUCGCCGGAAUGAACACAGACACCGCGAAGGCAUUCGUUGCAGUUGCUCCCCGUGUGGAGUUGAAACAAAGCAAGUCUGUAGUUGAAAAGGGGAGCAGCGUCAUCUUCGAAUGCACAAUUCUGGAAGGAACACCUUUACCUGAACUCAUUUGGUUCAAGGAUGAAAAAGAGCUAUCGCAUGACGACAAAGAAUCUAUCGUUAUAACUGGAAAACAUCUCAAAAUAAGAAGAGUUCGCGAAAGUGAUGCUGGUUCAUAUUCGUGUGUCCUUCAUAAUAUUGCUGGGAGAGUAGUGGACGUUGCAAAGCUAGCGGUGGGAAGAGAACCAUAUAUAAUUCCUUCGCCUAGUAUCGUCGAGGUCGACAUUGGAAAAGAGGUUGCUUUGCAGUGUAAUGCAGUUGGACAUCCAUCGUCCACCGUCACGUGGCAGCGCGACACCGUUCCGCUUGUGCUUCCUAACUAUUCUCAUUACACUCUGCUCACCGAUGGAUAUUUACUCAUCACAAACGCUCAACUUGAUGACCAGACCUCCUUCACAUGUACAGCUAAAAACAAUUAUGGAGAGCAGUCGAAAACCACACUGGUUGUCGUUAGUGGAUUGGUUUCUCCUGUGCUGGGUCAUGUUCCACCUGAAGAACAACUCAUCGAAGGUGGAAACCUUCGACUGUCAUGUAUAGUUGUAGGUGGAAUUCCGAAGCCCGAAAUCAAGUGGUUCAGAGAAGGUACUCCGAUCGAGCCUGGUUCCUUACCCAUUGUGAGCUUUUAA